CUUUGUACAUAUUGAAUUUAUGCACCAGUUAAGUUUUAUUUCAUUUGAUUUCUAAGAUAAAUUAUUUCUUGAAACUAUGUUGAAACAAGUGACUCCAGAGAAAGGCAUUUAUAUUAUAUGGCUUAGUGUAGCUUUAUCUCUUUGUUGGCCACUUCCUAUUAAUAGUACCAGAAAGCAAGUUGUGUGUAUAAAAAUUUUACAAAUCGGUACCAUUAUUAGCGCUUUCAUGAUACUUCUACCUCUAAUUUAUACGAUUUAUUUGAAUUUAGACAAUCUUAACAUAUUUUUUAAAUGUAUUUGUCUAUCAAUGGGUGUAUUUCAACAUAUUGUACAAACUACUACAUGCUUUAUAAAAUAUAAUACUUUACAACGAAUAGUCGAAGAAAUGAUGACAUGUAUUAAAGAAAUGCAAUUGUAUGAAAUUAUGUGUGCAUAUGUCGCGAAAUAUAAUAUUUUCUACGGAGGAACUAUUGUAUUAAUAUAUACAACUGCAACUGUUUUUAUAUUAGGACCAACGUUCUUACCAAUUACUUUUCCAUGGGAAACAGAAUAUCCAUUUCAAGUUAAUUAUACAUCUAGAAAUCUUAUUAUAUAUAUGCAUCAAUUUUUCUUCACUUAUCAAUGCGCUGCACAUAUAUGUGUAAGUAUAUUUGUGGCGCUUUUACUUUGGUUCACGUCCGCAAGAUUUGAAUGUUUAAUUAAGGAAUUACAAAAAACUACAAAUAUUGAAAUGUUAAUUGUUUGCCUUAAAAAACAAUUACUUUUGAGGAGAUAUGCAGAAGAUGUAGUGAAUUGUAUUCGUUUUAUAAUAUUUUAUACUAUGGCAGUAAGCACAAUUGUACUGACUUUAUCUGGUAUUAUAUUGAUUACAGUAAGUGAAAAUAAUGUAAUGCAUAGUACAUGAUA